AUGACUACGGAGUUGCCCUCUAUCAACAGUACAACUAGUAUAUCUGAUAAUGCUGAUUUAAGGAAUUAUUACGAAAAUUUACUGUUCAAAAACAGUAGCGGUAGAUCACUUGCCGACUUACCCAGAGGACAGGAAUUCAGCCAGCAAUCACAGCAGGAUUCCCCACGUUCACGCAAUCAACAACGGAUUCUGCAACAUCAUCAACAACAACAAAAUCCACAACCUCAGCAACAACAACAAAGAAGUCAAAAUCAACAUAAUCCGGAAAACACAGUGGACUUUAUCAAUGGAUUUCACGCUAGUAACGGUUCACCUUUCCACAGCUUCCGGCAGGCACCCUCAAUGACACCAUCAAAUUCAGAGCCGGUUCUGAAUUCACCUACCGCUGAUCCACUAUCACAACAACAACAACAACAACAGCAGCAGUUGUAUCAACAAGCGGCAGCUCAACAGCAAGCUGGCACUAGUGCUACUACUGCUAGUAACCCAACUGCUGCAGCUGCAGCUGCAGCUGCCGCUCAACAACAAUCAGGUAGGCAUUCGAUGUUUUAUACUCCCCAGGAUCCAUUGGGGUCCAUGGGUGGAUUCACUUUAGAUUUUGAUAGAAACAACAACCGUAAUUCCAGCGUCAGUAACGACGCCAGUGCUACUUACGCGGGUUAUACUAAGCAAAGUGUGAGUCCAGGUUCCAUGGUUUCCUCCUUGAACGCCGAUCCCUUCUUUGACUUGCCCCCAAUCUUUCAACAACAUCGUGAGCCAUUGGAGGAAAGAAAGCAACAGUAUCUGGGAGCAAGAAGAUCUUCUUACAUCUCUGAUACGUUGAUUCAUGGUAAUUUGGCAUCCUUCAUGGGUGCAAACGCUCCACCUCCACCACCAACGACGGCAACAACUGCUAGUAUGGCCGCACCACCAACUGCUACUAUGUUUCCUACUGCAUUGGAUCCAACAGAAGCAGCUUAUCCGUUGGGACCUUUUGCCGCCCCUGCUAAUCCACCUUCUAUGCCAACAACCGCAGGCCCCAUGGGUGCACCUUUGAGUGAUGUACCAGAUGCUGCUUCCCAAGUUCGUUCUUUGACCACUGCGCCAGCUGCCAUGUACGGCGGGUUUUUGCAACCGCAAAUGCUUCAACAGUUACCACCCCGUCGUAAUACUCAACCUGUUAACUCUUUGGCCACACCCCCAAUUUCUGCUCCUUUCAAAACGUCUGCUGCUCCUCUAGGAGCUCGUAACAGAUAUUUGAACUUUUCCAAGUCCAACCAACAACAGCAACCCCAACAACAAAAUCCUCAGCAGCAGUUACAUCAAAAUCAACACCAGCCACGCAGACAAUCUCAACAGCACGGACAACAGGUAUCGCCGCAUCAACAAGAUAUGCCUAUUCCACCAACUGCAGCCGUUGCCGCUGCUGCUAUGAAUGGUAAUGCUGCGGGACAAGUGCCUUUGGAUAACGGUUUGGUUCUAGUGAAUGGGCAAAGGAUUGCAUCCUCACCUGAUUUGCAAGCUCUUUAUGCUGAUUGUGGAUCCAAAUACUUCUCUGGUGGACAAGUUUAUGAUUUUGCAGAUUAUAUUAAGUCGAUGCUAAAUCCUGCGGCGGGUGAUCAGGACGAUUUAAAGAAACAGUCAAUCUUUAAAUUUUUGGCAUUCCUUAAGAGUUGUAAUUUGAACUAUAAUCCUCAAUCCGAUGCAUUUGUUUCGGGUGAAAAACAAUCGCACAUGGGCGCUUCUAGUAGAAAAGGUAGUGGAAACGGUAAUGAUCCAACAGCCAUUGGUAAUCAAGAUAGAAGACCAAGUACGGCAUCUACUUACCUACACUACAAACCAUUGGUUCUGGUUUCUUUGAAAAAUGGGAAAUUGGAGUUGCUAUCAACUCCACAAAAUACUAAUAUUCUAAUGCAAAGAGGCGAUCUCGUAAUCAUCGAUGGUGACAGGGGUAAGGAUCUAGCACUGGUUGUAGAGCCCGUGGUCGAUUUGGAUUUGGCGUUAUUUGUUAACUUUUUAAAGAAAAAGAUUCAUUUUGAUUCCUUGAUUACAAGUCGUUCUCAGCACCAUCCAAAUAAUAGAUUUGUCCAUUCAUUAAUCCAAUCGACCAAGGGUCAAAGUGAAGAACUGAAUUCAAAGCUUUACGACGUGAUAGAGUUGACUCAAUUGAUCGUACCCUCCAAGCAGGUGUUAAGAUUUGCAACUCCUUGGGAGAUCACGACAAAUUUGCACAACAAGUUCCAGGACGAAUUGAAAGCUUUGCACAUUGCUCAAUUGAAAUUGAAGUCUCUCAACAGUGGGUUUAGCCACCACCAUCAUGGUCAUGGACACGGCCAUGCUCAUGGUAAUGAACAUAUUAUCACCACCACCACCGCCGCCAACAAUAAUGAGAAUGGUAGCCCUAACGCUAAUAAUGGUAAUGGGAAUUCCGUAGGGAGACCUCAAUUGAAUAUCAAGAUUUUGAAUGCAGAAUUCCAAUUCGAUCGCAAAAAAUUAACCUUCUAUUACUUCUGUGAAGAGCGUAACGAUUUUAGAGAGUUGAUCAAGGAGUUGUUUAAAUUUUACAAGACACGUAUCUGGCUCUGUGCAAUUCCAAAUAAUUUGGGUAUUGAUCAAAAGUAUUACAAUUCUCAACGCAAAGAAUUAAAGAUGUAUCAGGAGAUGAUGCAGCAUUAUGCAGUGGAUGAUUUGACCGAUGCCAAUGCUCAGCAGGGUGCUGGUUUUAUUGUAGCCCCUGCACUCAACAAGAUUGAGUUGGAUAAUUUCCAAAUCGGUGUUUACAAGGAGCUCGUCAACGAACUUUUUGGCAACUGA